AUGCCUCCCGGCAGUGAGCUGGUGUCCGAGGUAUCCCCGAACAAGUAUCGAGCGUACUGGCCCUUGAUCUUGGAGAUGGCUAGGCUCCAGGCGGCGUCCCUGCCCAGGGCGGUCGCGGAAGGCCGGGCCUUGGCUGGCUGGUCACUACUCGACACAGUUGUAAUUACAGACGUCAUUAAUAUUAAUGAGUUCAUCUUGUUCACGAUAAAGAUGGCGUUCGUAAAUUCUGACACUACGCUAGAUUCUGCUGUUUCGUCGUCUUGUGGAAGUUGUACAAACAGAUCUAACACUUCAUCAUAUAGAACUGUCUUUGGUGUAGAAUCAAGAAGUAGGCCAGAACUUAAUUGCAGACCCGACAGUGUUCUGCAACACUUGUCACAACAUAAUGACUGGAAGUCUGCUUUCAUUGAUCUGAUGAAAAACUGUGCUGCAGUCAUCAGGGCUGAGGGAACACUAGCAGCAGUAAUAACGGAGAUGGGUCUUUUGUCAUUUCUUAUGACUCUGGAGUCUUCUUUAUUGGGCAUGUCAAGUCCAGCUUUAACAGAUGGGAUGUUUUUUUUCAGUCUCUUCCAGAUUCAUGGACAUUUGUAUGUCCGUUACUUUGAAUCUGGAAGGUUGUCUGGAUUUCUCAGAUCCAAAGCCGUCACUUAA